AACUGUUCUUUUCUACUGUUACGUACCAAGCUGGGCCAGGCUUAGGAUCCGUGCAAGACCAAAGGGAGUAUAAUGGCAUUUCUGACGCUCCUGUUCUGCAGCCUGCUGGUAACUUCUUCAUAUUCGCAGUUGUGGUGGAGUAGUUCAGACCAUGGUGGAGGCACAGGAGGAAGCAGUGGUUACGGUGGUGCAAGUAGCUCUGGAGGAAGCUCAGGAUAUGGUGGUGGAAGCUCUGGAGGAAGCGGAAUUAUCAUAAGUGGAGGCUCUGGAGGAAGUGGAGGUUACAGCAGUGGAAGCCCUGGAGGAAGUGGAGGUUACAGCAGUGGAAGCCCUGGAGGAAGUGGAGGUUACAGCAGUGGAAGCCCUGGAGGAAGUGGAGGUUACAGCAGUGGAAGCCCUGGAGGAAGUGGAGGUUACAGCAGUGGAGGCUCCGUAGGAAGCGGAGGUUACAGCAGUGGAGGUUCGGUACGAAGCGGAGGUUACAGCAGUGGAGGCGCUGUAGGAAGCGGAGGUUACAGCAGUGGAGGCUUAGGAGGAAGUGGAAGUUUCAGUAGUGGAAGCUCUGGAGGAAGCGGAAGUUACGGUAGUGGAAGCCUUGGAGGAAGCAGAGUUAUUGUAGGUGGAGGCUCCGGAAGCAUAAGACCUGCAAGUGGGGGAAGUUCCAUAGGAAGCAGUGGUGGAAGCUCUGGAGGAAGCAGAGUUAUUUUUACUGGAGGCUCUGGAGGAAGUGGAGGUUACAGUAGUGGAAGCUCCGGAGGAAGUUUAAGCGGUGGAAUCCCCGCAGUCAUUAUUGGUGGAAGUAGACCAAGCGGAAGUUACGGUAGUGGAAGCACUGGUGGAAGCUUAAGUGGUGGAAUCCCCGCAGUCAUUAUUAGUGGAAGUGGACCAAGCGGAAGUUACGGUAGUGGAAGCACUGGAGUUAACACAGUACUUUCUAAUUCUGGAAAAUGUGCAUGCGACUUGAGCUGUGUAGAUGUCAGAGCAAAUGGGAACACCGCCAAGUGCCAAACUGGAUAUGUUGCCGUCUCUUGUUCCUGUGGAAUGGGAUGUGGAUCAUACAACUUCCAGGGCUCCAACACGUGUGUCUGUCAGUGCCUUAAUGUAGACUGGACAAGUGCCCGCUGCUGCAAGUCCGCCUAGUCCCAUGCCCC